GCGACACCGACGACUGACCUCGACGCCAACCCAUCCAGGCACGUCAACCAGACAUCCCAAGUCACUUAAACCCUCGUCAGGAUGGUCCUUCGCAUGCGCCUCGCCCGCUUCGGGCGUACGAACGAGCCCUUCUACAACAUUGUCGUCACACACGCCAGGACCGCGCGUAACAGCAAGCCGCUCGAGGUCAUCGGCACGUACGACCCCAUCCCACGAAAGGAUCCCUACGACCCCGACCGCAAGCCGCACAAGAACAUCAAGCUCGACACAUUGCGCGCGAGGUACUGGAUCGGUGUUGGCGUGCAGCCCAGUGAUCCGGUAUGGAGGUUGAUGUCCAUGAUUGGUCUCAUCGAGCCCCAAUAUGGACCCAACGGCAUCAAGAACAAGAACUCGGCUGCGAAGGCAUUGACACAGCCGCUCGAGAGUCCGGCUGCGACACAGUGAGGAUGGAUGUGGGAUAUCGACGUGUAAAAUACCUUGGGACGGAAUGUUCUCAGCAUUGGAUGGCGUUUGAAUCUGGCGCGAUGCGCCAAGAAAUUGUAUUCUACCAAAAUGUACGAUGAGGGCGUGUCAAUUGUUCUCUGCCUUGGACUUU